GGCCUAUACAUACUUGGUCCCGUUCAGCGCUGCACCAAGCCCCCAACGACACUUACUUGUUCCAUAUCAUGGCAGCGUUACCAGAUUAUUAUGCUCUCCUCGGUGUACAACAGUCUGCAUCUGCCGACGAAAUCCGUCAGGCGUAUAAGAAGGAAUCGCUCAGAACUCACCCUGACAGACUAUCAAAGGCAACACCUGCAGAGAAGAAGGUAGCAACAGAGAAAUUCCAAGCCGUUGCAGAUUCCUACUAUGUGCUCUCUGAUCCUACACGACGGAAGGAGUACGAUGCACUAUACAGAUCCAAAUCUUAUAGUAACAAGAGCGAGGACCCCAAAGCUUCGCAGAAUUUCUUUUCACAGUUCGCCGGCAUGUUUGGGGGAGGCGCGAAUGCAGGCGCUGCGGGUCAAGGCGCCGACGCUGAGGGUGUUUUCGCGGACGUUUUCGAGGAGCUCCUGCGUCCAGAAGUCCAGCGACAUGCUCCUUGGUGGUCAUAUCUCGGCGCUGUUUGUGGAGGAGGGGUAGGAUUCAUUAUAGCUAAUGUUCCUGGACUUAUGGUAGGAGCUUACGCUGGGAAUCGCCUUGGUGCAGUAAGAGAUGCUAAAGGAAAGAGUGUUGCGGCUGUCUUCUCCCAGCUCGGUGGUACUCAGAAAGCAGAUGUUCUUCGUGCUCUGGCUAUGAAAGUUCUCGGUUCUGCUAUGUGAUUAGUGUUAUGACUGCGAUGGAUAUGCCUUCUCAUCCUGCGUCAUGAAUAUAGCAUACAUUAUAACUUAUUCGACGAUCUAGUUAGUGGUAAUACUAUACGUGCCUUAAAAGAGACAAUGAUAAUCGACAGCUAAGGCCU